AUGUUCCCAACGCAAAGAAGUGUCGAGGAACAAGGCAACACGGCUGAGAUGGAGGGUGUAGAACAUCUGGGACAGUAUGUGUUUGAGAUGACAAAGGCAAAGGUGGAGGCGAUCAAGAAGGGUGAAGGUGUACUGCCGCCGGUUAGUGCGGCGCAGGAUGAGGAGAUGGAGGAUGAGGAAUUGUAUCCUGAGGAUGAGGGUAUGGCCGAGGAGGAGGACGUGGAAAUGAUGUAG